UCCCUCUUCCCCGAGGUGAUGGUGUCCAGCUGCCUGGAGGCCAACAAGAGCAUGGCGCACUCGGAGCUCAUCCAGAACUUCCUCAACUCCGGGAGCUGCCCCGAGGUCCAGGGCUUCCUGCAUCUGCGCGAGCCCGGCCGCAAGGUCUGGAAGCGCUUCCACUUCUCCCUGCGCCGCUCAGGGCUCUACUACUCCACCAAGGGCACGUCCAAGGACCCCCGGCACCUGCAGUACUUCGCCGACCUCACCGAGUCCAACAUCUACUACGUGACGCAGGGCAAGAAGCACUACGGGGCACCCACCGAGUUCGGCUUCUGCAUCAAGCCCUCCAAGGCGCGGAGCGGCACCAAGGGGCUGAAGCUGCUGUGCAGCGAGGACGAGCAGAGCCGCACGUGCUGGAUGGCCGCGUUCCGCCUCUUCAAGGUGAGCCCGGCCCUGGCCCCGCACGCCGGGAAUGGCCCUGUCCCCGGGGGACACUGCGCAGUGAGCAACGCCGGCGUGGGCAUGAUCGGCCCCCUCGAGUGCCAGAGCCUGCCCGACAUGCAGCGCCUCAUGGACACCAACUUCUUCGGCCUCGUGCGCCUCGUCAAGGAGGUGCUGCCCGACAUGAAGCGGCGCCGCAGCGGCCACAUCGUGGUCAUCAGCAGCGUCAUGGGGCUGCAGGGGAUCGUCUUCAACGACAUCUACGCGGCCUCCAAGUUCGCGGUGGAGGGUUUCUGCGAGAGCCUCGUGGUGCAGACCCUGCACUUCAACAUCGCGAUCAGCCUGGUGGAGCCGGGGCCGGUGAGGACGGAGUUCGAGGCCAAGGUGUACGAGGAGGCCGAGCGCGCCGACUACUCGCGCACGGACGCCGAGACGGCCGACAUCUUCAGGCGCCUCUACCUGCGCAACUCGCGCGACGUCUUCGCCAGCCUGGGCCAGAGCGCCGAGGACGUGGCCGAGCCUGGGCCGUGCAGCGACGCACAGGAGAGGAUUUACUGA